UGACCCGAGCAUAUCUGACCCAAACGGAACCGUGAAAUUGACGUAACUGCCCUUAUCUAUCUUUAUAGAGGAUGGAAGGGCUGGUAUGGGCUGCUGCGUUAGGGACCAUCAGGGACAUUUCUAUAUGGCUAUGUCGGAAUGGUGCAAAGCAUCUCUCUCGCCGGUAGAAGCAGAGGUAUGGGGACUCCGUCAAGCAAUGAGUUGGAUGCAAAACAUGGAUCAAGAACAAUUCAUCUUCGAGAUGGAUUCAAAACAAGUAGUUCAGAAUGUGCAUUCAGCUCGGGAGGAUAUUUCAGAAUAUGGUUCGCUUCUAGAGGACUGCAAAUCCCUACUAGCAACAAAAAACAAUUUUAAAGUUGUUUUCACUAGACGAAAAGCAAAUAGUAGCGCCCAUGCUUUAGCUAGGAAGUCUAUUAAUUAUGCUUCUCAUACGAUCUUUAAUCAUGUUCCGUCUUGUAUUUUGGAUAUUCUUAAUGAAGAAAUGAAUUAAAGUCUUUAUUUAAAAAAAAAAAAAAGCUUAUAAUCCUCAAUGAAGGUUAGGGCAUUUUAAGGCUGAAAAUUGUGUUGGUGUAAUCAUUUGCUUUGUUGGAUUGUACAUAGUGUUUUACUUUGUGUACUUUUUAAAGGAAUUAAAUUUGCCGUUUUAAC